AUGGUGCUUCUGGCCGCACACUAUAUCUCCGGCAGCUUCGCUGACAUACGUGCGGAUUGCUGCGAGGACAGUUUGAUUAACGCGUUCCGCCACGCUCGCCUGAGGAAUCGGAUCACGGCCGAUGAAGUGGCUUUGGACAAGGCCUUCAACCUGACAUACUUGGACAUGUGGUCGAGGACUAUUAGCAUGACCACAUUCUCACCUCGUGUCCUAGGAUGUGGACCCAGAAAGUCGAGGUACCACACCCUGCGACAUAUGCCUUCACCUACACAGCCAUCCGGGGCCAGUAAUAAUACUGCCACACCUCCGUGCAUUGCCACAUCGCUGUCGUGUGCCUGCUGGAUCAACGUCUUCGUCAGGUCCUCUGGAAUCCACAGUUUCCACUGGAACUCCUCCAGCUCUGGUCGGUUAAAUUGCGUGCGCCUAAGCAAUAAACCUCGUCCUCGAAGGCUGUGGUCUCGAACUCCAAGAAGUCUAUAGCUUCUACGUCGAACGAAAGAGACAGCAUAUCCGCGACGACGUUAUUCCCCUUUCGAUGCUCUAUUCCAAAGUCAUAAGCCUGCAGAGCUAGAGACCACUUCGCUAGCCUACCAUCCAGUACUUUAAACCUCAUCAGCCAC